ACCUAUAAAAGGUAGAUCCGUCUUCACAAACUACGAGACAUCCACAAUUUGUUCUUGGAUUUUGUUCAUAGAAAACACAACAUGAAGAUUCUCUACACAAUUUUUGUCGUCCUCUGUUGUUUCACUUACAUUCAGGCGCAAGACCCUAAAAUCGCCUGCAAGUAUGAGUCGGUCAGCAGCGAGGGCUUCAAGCUUGCACGUGUGACCAUCCCAGGGGCCCUACAGGUGCUCAACAUGACCCUGGUCAACCAGUACUCAAACAGCCCGUGUACCCCCGGGGCGUCGUUUGGCUACAGCGGUCCUGACAUAUUCGCCAGUAACGGGUGUCGGGGAAAUUUUCUCGUCUGUUAUGAAGUUGGUGUCAACUACCAGAUAUCCUGCGCGAGCCAGAACUUUAAAGAGACGUCAUGCUUCGUGCAGGGGACCAUCAAGUUGGUGACCCUCAGGACACAGGUGUCGGGCACGCCCUGUACCCUCAACCUGACCUAUCGCUACCAAGGGAGCUACCUUAUUGUUUACGGCGGGUGCAGGGGCGUCUUCAACGUGGGGGUGUAUUAGAUAGUAGAGAGUUGGGGCGUUUUCGACGUGGGGGGUAUUAGAUUGUGGAGG